CCUUUUUUUCAUGAUGGAAUGAAAGAAUGGAGUUGUUGCAAGAAAAGAAGCCAUGAUUUCACCUUAUUUCUAGAAAUUCCAGGAUGUAAGACAGGUAAACAUACAACCGAGAAACCAGUAUUAGCAAAAGUUGCAGCAAGUCCGAAACCAAUUUCUGCUCCUACCGCUGCUGCUACAACCAAGUUGACCGCGAAAGAAUCCUGUCCUAGGUGCAAGCAGGGGUUCUUUUGCUCAGAUCAUGGUUCACAAGUCAAGCAACCUGCACCUGCACCUGCAAAAAGUGACGCGCCACAAUUUUCCUCUGCACCACCCAAGAAGAUUGUUGAUAUAAAUCAGCCCCAGACCUGUAGGAAUCAAGGAUGCGGUAAAAGUUUCAAAGAAAAGGAGAAUCAUGAAACUGCCUGUAGUUACCAUCCCGGGCCUGCCGUUUUUCAUGAUCGACUCAGAGGGUGGAAAUGUUGUGAUAUACAUGUAAAGGAGUUCGAUGAAUUCAUGACCAUUCCACCUUGCACCAAGGGAUGGCACAAUGCUGAUCCAGUGUCGUAGCAGACAAUCAAGAUUUUCAAUUGCUAUUCCUUCUAUUACAAAAUUCGAUCUACAAUGAUUAAAAAAAUUCUAUUUAUCCGGCUGUUUAAUUAGAAUUCAACUUCCUGAGUGUCUUUUUAACUUUGGUUUUUCUUUUCGGCUUCCUUUUAACUUUCUGGUCUUGUUAAAGUGUAACAGUUCAUUUAUUUUACUUUGGACAUUGACUAAACUUCUUGGUGCUUCAUAAUGAAGAAACAUUAUAUGUAAAAUCUCGAACAGACUGAUUUUUUGUGUUCAAUAUUCUGAGAUUGUCAGUCUUUGCACAA